AUGGGGGCAACGCACACCCACGUUGCAAGAGCCUUUGGCUGUUCCUGUUGGAAACUUGUUGCAGCGUUUAAGGCAGACCGGAAGGACAUCGGACAGGUCCAGGACAGAGAGACCACGGGUCACUACGCCACAGGAAGACCGGUAUCUGCGAACGUUGCACCUCCGCAACUGCUUCCUCACAGUGACGUCAUCGGCACAGUGCCGCCCUACCUCCAGCAACAACCCCGAGGUGUUCUGUACCAACACGACAACGCCAGGCCCCACACAGCUCGCAUCGUAGUGGACUUCCUUGCCAACAACAACGUCAACGUCUUACCGUGGCCGGCAUGUUCUCCUGACUUAUCACUUAUAGAACACCUCUGGGACGUCUUGGACAGGCGAGUUAGAGUCCGACCUCACCCUCCCGCCAACAGACAAGAGUUGAUACAAGCCCUACAAGAUGAAUAG